GAGCGGCAGGGAGGUUACGCUCGUGCUGCCCUGGCUGCCGGACCGGGCGCAACAGGCGAUGCUCUACCCCGAGGGCCUCCUGUUCGACGCCCCGCACGAUCAGGAGGCCCACGUGCGCUCCUGGCUCGCCCGGGACGCGGGCCUCGGGGAGGACGUCGUGGAGCGGAUGCCCCUGCGGCUGGCCUGGUACAGGGCGCGGUACGCGCCCGAGAUGGGGAGCAUAUUUCCCUACAGCCAGCAGCUGGAGGAAGUGCUGACCAAGGAGAGCCAGCAGUCGAAGGACGUCCUCAUCUUGGAGGAGCCCGAGCAUAUCAACUGGUACUACCACGGUGCUCGCUGGCCGAGUCUGUUCAACCACGUGGUGGGCAUCGUGCACACGAACUACCUGGAGUACGCGCUCGAUACCGAGGGCCAGUUCGCGCAGUGGGUGACGAUGUUCUUCAACAUCCUGGUGUGCCUGUCAUAUGUGGAUGUGAACGUGAAGCUGUCCGACGUCCUGAUGGAGUUGCCCAACGAGGUGGUGUGCAACUGCCACGGAGUGCGAGAGGCUUUCCUGGAGAUCGGGGACGGGCGCAUCCCGCUGCUGGCCCAUUCCAGCUGGGAUCUCAGCGGUGCUCUCGGCGAGUGGCAGCUACCCCUGGGCACACCAGUGACUGGCCACGGCCCCCAGUUUCGGCUGCAGAUCCUCGCAAGCGGCAUCGUUCUGGUGCUGCUGCUGCUGAAGACGAAGGAUAUGCUGCUGCAGACGGCGGAUAAUUUCAAGUCCGCCAUGCAGGACACCUUCGUUCGGAAUAACCUCACGAUGGCCGAGUGUUCCUUCGAGGGCAACGCACUGUCGACGAGGAUGCAGAUUCGGAUUCAGGGCAACACCAAUUACGCGUCCAAGAAGGUUCGGCAGGUGUUGGGGUCCAUGCGAGGCCCAGACAACGCGAGGGAGAAGCUCCAGAUACACGACGCCGCUGGUGAGUUGCAAGACCUCUUUCUGGAUUCCGGCAAGAAUCUGUGCCAAAUCAAGCGUGAGCAGUUGGUUAAACAAGUUCGUCGUGCGCUCCAGGACGUCUACCAGGACAAACGUUUCUUUGUCGACCGCGCCAAGGGCGUGACCUCUGUGGGGUGGAAACCUAUCGUUUGUAUCAUGCUGAACCCGAAUGACGCCCCGCCGGCCGUCAAGUGGAGCGCCGCCAACAUCAUCUCGACGCCUUGCGACGCGCGCAUCUCAGAUCACGCGGGCAUUGAUUUUACUUGGACGCCCAGAGCAGACGCGAAGCCUGACCGGCGCGCGAUCCCGGACGAGAUUUUCCAGAGGCCUGAGUACCAGUCCAAACUGAGCGAGAUGCCGCAGCAAUUGGACCAGUCCUUCCUUCCCCCCCCCCCCGACUCGACCUCCACGAGACGGCGGCGCGAGAAGCAGCGAGGCUGGCCCGCGAUGCGAUCAUUCGCCAUGAACCUCACGCUCAAAAGCAGCGUGAGAAAGAAGAUUGCUCGGUUGCGCGAUCAGUCCCAGAGUCUCCAGUCCAAGAUUGAGGAGCUGGUCAACCAGAAAGCUGAGGUGGACCAGGGGCCUGCCAUGGAGGUUGAUGAAGUGGACCUGGCCGAGGAGUGUGAGUGCGUUUCGGGCAUCGACGCGGCGCAGAAGAGGGAGCUCUUGGACGCCCUACGGAACGCCGCCAAGAAUCUUCGCUUCCGGAGCCCAGUUCGCUUGAAGGCUCAGGGGGACUCGGAGGGCCAGUCGUUCAUGCUCACGGGGGCCCAGAAGGACUCAGGUGUAAAGCUGCUCAGUGAGGUCUAUAGCAAGUGGUUCCCCAGGGCGUGGGAGGAAAUCUUCAAUGUGGGCAUGUGCAAAGGGGCUCCAGGCCUCCCAGCAUGGCCCCCCAUGGAUACCCAAGAAGUCUCACUGAGCAAGCUCCUCGCUACCAAGCAGUACAAAAACGCGUUCCCUGGCAGGCCCCCCCAUUGGGUACUUGUGAGACUCAAGGGGCUCCAUGCCAUUAUCAGCAAGACGAAUCAAGACAAGUACUUCAGCAACCUUUUGAACCAGUUGCAAGAGCUCCCUGUUAGAGGUGGGCCUGCUCGGCGUCAUUGGCGAGCUGGAGGCGAUUCGCGGCAUCCUUUCUAUUCCGCUGUAUACAGGGCCCUUCGGAGCACCGAAAAUUGUAACAUGCAGCUUGGCUUCCUGGAUAUUUGCUCGGGGAUUGCGUCGGAAUGUACCCGCGUCGGCAGGGCAAAGGAGUCGCGGCAUGCGUGGUGCACCGAAGCGGCCGAGGGCAGCAUGAAGCAGGCUCUUGCGCAUCUCAGGCCUGACAAAGGCAGGAGACCCAUUGGGCACUACAACGGGUUCGCGAGGCUCCACGGCAAGACCCACAGGGACCCCUGCAGGGCUUGGGAGGGGUCGGUGGGUUUGGGGCCAGAGUUCCCAAUGGGGCAGGGCCGCAGCGCUCUCGACAUGGCGCGGCGCCAGAAUGUCCUCGCAGAAUCUUCCACGGGGCUCCAGAUGCACUACGCCACGCCCCUCUGGGAGAUUCUGCAACUCUAUGAGCACAUAAGUGAAUACCUGAAGGCCUGGGGCUACGACGUGGACACAGUCUGCCUGUUGUGCAAAGCCCAGCCUGACACGGCCUGGCACCGCAUGUGGCGCUGCCAGAGUCAGGGGGCUGUCCGCAGGAGGGCGGAGCAUUCCGGGAUCAAUUUCCUGGACCAGGUGCAGGAUUGGAUUUUGAAGUAUGUUGGCCCUGACGGGGAAGAGGUUGCGCCAGUCGAAUUCAGGUUCUAG